AGACGGGACCCCCCCCCCCCCCCCAACCCAACACGAACGAAGAAUUCCAAUCGCACAGCGCAACCGCAUCAUAUGGUCAUCGUCAUGGGUUGGGCUCGCACCGCACCGCCGCCGCCGCCGCCGACGCGCCAACUGGUGGUGCUACCACGCCUUAUUUAGCCACACCGUCCCCUUCCCGCUCGGUGCCAACGCGCGCGCGCGCGGCGAAGCGAAGCGAAGCAUAUGGCUCUCCUCUUGACGCUGAUCCUCCUCUCCGGCCUCGGAUUCUUGCCCCGCCAUGCCGACGCCGCGAGGGGCUACGUCACCGUCUCCACAUCCAGCUUCGCGGUGAGCUCCACCUGCGCCGACGAACUCCCUGGACGAGCUGCCUCGCCGCGGAACGGCACGUCGGCGGUGCUGCGGCUGACGCACCGGCACGGGCCGUGCGCCCCGGCGGGGAAGGCGUCGGCGCUGGGAUCGCCGCCGUCGUUCCUCGACACGCUGCGCGCGGACCAGCGGCGGGCGGAGUACAUACAGAGGAGGGUGUCGGGGGCCGCCGCCGCCGCGCCGGGGAUGCAGCUGGCGGGAUCCAAGGCGGCGACGGUGCCGGCUAACCUGGGGUUCUCCAUCGGCACGCUGCAGUACGUGGUGACGGUGAGCCUCGGCACGCCGGCGGUGGCGCAGACGUUGGAGGUGGACACCGGCAGCGACGUGUCGUGGGUGCAGUGCAAGCCGUGCCCCUCGCCGCCGUGCUACAGCCAGAGGGACCCGCUCUUCGACCCGACGCGGUCGUCGUCCUACUCCGCCGUGCCGUGCGCCGCGGCGUCGUGCUCGCAGCUGGCGUUGUACUCCAACGGCUGCUCCGGCGGGCAGUGCGGCUACGUGGUCAGCUACGGCGACGGGUCCACGACCACCGGCGUGUACAGCUCCGACACGCUGACGCUGACCGGGUCGAACGCGCUCAAGGGGUUCCUCUUCGGCUGCGGCCACGCGCAGCAGGGCCUCUUCGCCGGCGUCGACGGGCUCCUCGGCCUCGGCCGGCAGGGCCAGUCCCUGGUGUCGCAGGCGUCGAGCACCUACGGCGGCGUCUUCUCCUACUGCCUACCGCCGACGCAGAACUCCGUGGGUUACAUAUCGCUGGGCGGGCCGAGCAGCACCGCCGGCUUCUCCACGACGCCGCUGCUGACGGCGUCGAACGACCCGACAUACUACAUCGUGAUGCUCGCCGGCAUCAGCGUCGGCGGGCAGCCGCUGAGCAUCGACGCGUCCGUGUUCGCGUCGGGCGCGGUGGUCGACACGGGCACGGUGGUCACGCGGCUGCCGCCCACGGCGUACUCGGCGCUGCGGUCCGCGUUCCGCGCCGCCAUGGCCCCCUACGGCUACCCGUCGGCGCCGGCGACGGGGAUCCUGGACACCUGCUACGACUUCACCCGGUACGGCACCGUGACGCUGCCGACGAUCUCGAUCGCGUUCGGCGGCGGCGCGGCCAUGGACCUCGGCACGUCGGGGAUCCUCACCAGCGGGUGCCUGGCGUUCGCGCCCACCGGCGGCGACAGCCAGGCGUCCAUCCUCGGGAACGUGCAGCAGCGCUCGUUCGAGGUGCGCUUCGACGGCAGCACCGUCGGCUUCAUGCCCGCCUCCUGCUGAUCGAUCCAUCCUAACAACUCACCCACGACAGUAUUCUUCUUUAGUACGUACAUGGCGUAUAGGUGUAUAGAUAUACGCGUACAAUGUACGUACGUACACGAGGAUGAUAGGCGCAUAUACAUAACAUAACACUAGUAGUAGGAGAGUACAUAGUACACAAAUACACAAAGGUUGUAAGGCAUAGUACUUUCGUUAGUGGAUAUACGAUUUUUGAGAGUAAUAAUAAUAAAUUAGUUAAACGGGCUAACCAUGUGCACGUGUUAGGCGCUUGACACGCUUGGUUUGAUUUGGUGCGUCGUGGUCAGUGGCACGGUGCUCAACUGAUGUGCUACGACUAAAAGUCUAAAACUAGUGGACAGUUAGGGGGACGUGUGGGACUGUGGGGCCACCUCGUUCUGUUGUGCAUUGUGGCUGCUGUGGCCCAAGGCCCAGAGAGAAAACGUUAUCUUUUUUUUUAAUCUCGUAGAUAAUGCUGGAUCUGUAUUGUUGAUGGUUGUUAGCCGAACAUUCACCUGAUAUUUGUGUGAAAGUCAAGGGCCAUAGAGUUAUAGUUUGAACAA